ACCGCUUUUUGCCCGAAGCUUCGCGACCUAUUUGAAUCGACCUUGCAUGCUAUCUUACCACGUUAUCACACCCCACGUGAUCGCAAAGAAACGCCCGCUUUUGCAAAGCGCCGUGGCCGAGUGUCCAGAGAAGCCUUGGCAUUGCCCCUCUCCCGCUACCACCGAUGGCCGCCACGCGUGAUGUCGGACGCCGUGCUCUGCACCGAAUGACCGGCUCGGUCAGCGGCGUCAAUUGGCGCCCGACGCUUUUCGAGGACGAGGUGACGUUGAAUCGUUACGCCUGCUGUAUCUGUUACGUUCUUCCAAGCACGACGUUCGUGCUUCCCUGUUCGCACGGCUUGUGUGGAAAGUGCCAUGCGGGCUGUGUCGUCGAAGAUGGCGGAAGCGUCUGUCCCGUGGACGGAGAGUCGUUCUGCGAGGCCGAGUGCCAGGAGUUGCAGCUUCCAGCUAGGAAGAAGCUGGGCCUUAAGGCCUACUGCUGGAAUAAGCCCUACGGCUGCGAUUUUGUCGGCUCUCUGGCGGCGCUGCUGCACCACUACGAGGAAGACUGCACCUUUCACGCGUUCCCGUGUCAUCAGUGCGGCGAGAAUAUCAUGAUAGAUGUGUUGGCUGCCCACUACAUGGGUCGGUGCAGCAACAUAUCCUCAAGUGCGGCACUCGACGGAUCUCCGCUACGGGACGACGCCUCUGUCGCCAGCCAUGACGUCACCGUGGUUCGGCACGAAGCCAACGAGCAAUUGCUGUGUACGCAGAAAGAAGACAGGAUCACCGCGCUUCAGCGCGCGAUCGACACACUCACGUCAAUGACCGCAACCAUAGACGCAAGGCUUGACGAGACAGAGGAGCAGCUUGAGAAGCUGGAAACGGAGGGUUAGCUGCCAGCCUUGUGACUGUAAACGACGUGGCGCCAGCCACCGAAAUAUUUUCUGUGACAACCGGCUGUGCCUCGCCACUGCAGCAGCGCUUGUUUAUGUCGUUAUUGUAAAAAGGUUUCCGGCCACUAUAAGGCGAGGCCACAGCCGGAGCAUGUCCUGGUUUUCUACGGUAGCAGUGGCGGGAGGUAUGACGAACAUCCUUCGUAAUUGGAAUUAUUUUACGCGAUUUGCUGCCGCCUCAAUGGAGCUCAUACUCUUCCACAUACAGGAAGCUUCCUAUACUAGUACAGGUGCUGAAAACUUAGUGGUUCCUGCUACAGAACUUCAAGAUGGCAGAAGGUUGGGGCAUGUGUGCUCGUCAUUUCAUUUGCAAAAGCGAAUGAAUUGUUUUAUCAUAUGUUCGUAUUAUAUGCACGCACAAUCAUUGAGCGGAAGAAACAAACCACUAUGCCUUUGUUAAGGCAUCAAUUCACACGACUCUGCUUGUAUUGCAGGCCGGAGCAUAAGAAUGAACUAUGGCAGCUGGGACUCUAUUGGAAGGGUGAUACGGAAUUAGCGAGUGUGUAUAGCAUGUCGUUAAAGAAACAAAAGCGCGCAGGUGUAGUCUUUUCGAUUUGCCGAGAAAGCAAAUAAUGCCAUCACCAUCGACCGCAGCCGUAUUACGCGAACGAUUGUUACCCAAGUCGGAGAUCGAAUACUUGAUUGAAAUCGCCACACGUGACUGACGGACGGCACCAGACUUUGAUUCUCGUUCGCCGACGCUUCUGGGACUCGUGGAGUGCCAUGCGAACUGUCUCACUCGAUUUGCCGAUGCAUUGCAAGCAUUUCCUAGUCGCCUUUUUAUCUUAUUGUUUAAUUUUCACAAUCACGAAAAUCACAACAUACGGAGACAACGUUGUCAAAAGCUGUGUGAAAAAAUAAACAACUUGCUGAUUGCCCUUUUGA